GCUUUUAGUCUCAUCAAUACCGGAAGUUAAUAAAACGUACACCCGUGGCCAACGAAAAUGUUGUCAGAUUGUCUUCUCAUUGUGUUUAUAUCAAUUUGUACUGCUUUACUCGGCGAAGGACUAACAUGGGUAUUGGUAUACAGGACAGAGAAGUACAAAAAACUAAAAGCAGAAGUAGAAAAACAGAGUAAAAAGUUGGAAAAGAAGAAAGAAAGUGGAGAAUCAUCAGACAGAAAUCAGAAGAAAAAGAUUGAGAGACAAGAAGAGAAGUUGAAGAAUAACAACAGGGAUCUAUCUUUUGUAAAAAUGAAAUCUAUGUUUGCAAUAGGUUUUGCAUUCACAGCUCUUCUAAGCAUGUUUAACUCUAUAUUUGACGGUAGAGUUGUAGCCAAGCUGCCAUUUACUCCAAUUUCAUUACUGCAGGGUAUUUCUCAUCGGAACUUGGGUGGAGAUGAUUACACACAUUGCUCAUUUAUUUUCCUCUAUAUACUCUGUACAAUGUCUAUCAGACAGAAUAUACAGAAAAUUCUUGGUUUAUCCCCCUCUCGUGCAGCAAGCAAGCAAGGAGGAGGUCUGUUCUCUCCACCUACUCAACUGACAAAGUGAUCUAGGAAGAUUUAUGAGACUGUUGAAUAUAAUGACAUGUGAACUUUUCAUAGCUAGUUUAAACAAGACUUUACUGUUGAAGAUCCACCUGACUUAUUGCUAAUUUAUCAACAUGUAAAUGGCCUUAUGAGUUUGGGCAGUUUUAACUGAUGUACAUAAAUCCAUUUUAUUAUUUUUCAUAUUCAGUGCAUAUUUGAAAUGUAAAUAUAUGACAGUUAGAAAUAGCCAUUCAGGAUUAUUUGAAAACUAAUCAUUAUGAAAAUAAACAAGACACCUUUCCAACAAGUCAUUCAUAUUGAACCCAUGGUCAGCAAACAGAAACUGUACAUAAUAUAUGAUGAAAUAAAUUUUAAUGUGUAUUUGUCUGUA